GUCUACGCAAAAAGUCUCUCUACUUUUUAUCUUUCUUUUCUCUCUCUCACUUUCAUCAUAUCAGUGCUUUGCCAUUUCUGAAGCACACAACCUCUCUUCUCUUGCAUUUCCAUUCUGUGAGUUUGAACUUGAAAAAUGACCGAGGCUAUCCUUGGGGUUGCCUUUGAAAAGUUGAGCUCUCUUGUUGGAAAAGAGUUGGGACGGUUUCUGGGUUUCGAUCGAGACAUGGAGAGGCUUCAAAGCAUGUUCACUGCAAUCAAGGCUACGCUUGAAGAUGCUGAGGAGAAACAAUUCUCAAGUAGGACUAUCAAGGAUUGGCUGCAAAAGCUGAAAGAUGUAGCUCUCAAGCUGGAUGACAUCAUGGAUGAGUGUGCCUAUGAAGAAUUGAGUCUAUCAAAUCAGGUACAAAGCUCUUGCUUAUCAUCUUUUAAUCCCAAACAUGUUGUUUUUCGUCACAAAAUGUCAAAGAAAAUGGAAAGAAUAAAAGAGAGAUUAGAUGAAAUUGCUAAAGAAAAGGAGCAGCUUCAUUUGACUGAGAGGACUCUAGAGAGAAGAAGUGAAGUCCGUGAUUGGCGCCAAACCUUCUCUUCCAUCACUGAACCACAAGUCUAUGGCAGAGAAAAUGAUAAGAAUAAAAUUGUAGACUUUAUGGUUGGUGAUGCUUCUCAUUCUGACAAUGAUUUAGUAGUGUAUCCAAUCAAAGGACCUGGCGGACUUGGAAAAACAACACUAGCCCAACUUGUCUUCAAUCAUGAGAGGGUAGUCAAACACUUUGAGCUAAAAAUUUGGGUUUGUGUUUCAGAAGACUUUAGUUUAAAAAGAAUGAUAAAAUCUAUAAUCCAAGCAGCAUCUGGGGAUGCCUGUGGAGAUUUGGAACUAGAGCCACUUCAAAAAAAACUUCAUGAUUUGCUUCAAAGAAAAAAAUAUUUACUUGUUUUGGAUGAUGUGUGGGAUGAAGAGCAAGAAAAUUGGAAUAGGUUGAAAUCUGUUUUGUCUUGUGGGGCAAAGGGUACUUUCGUUUUGGUUACCACUCGUCUUACAAAGGUUGCAACAAUCAUGGGAACAACUGAUCCGCAUGAAUUAUCAAUGUUAUCUGACGGAAAUUGUUGGGAAUUGUUUAAACACCGAGCCUUCGGAUCAGAUGAGGUAAUACAGGUAGAACAUGAAAACAUAGGGAAGGAGAUAGUAAAGAAGUGUGGGGGAUUGCCUCUUGCAGCAACAGCACUAGGAGGUCUUUUACGCUUUGAAAGAAAGGAAGAAGCAUGGCUCAAUGUUAAGGAAAGCAACGUGUGGAGUUCAUCAGACAAUAUAAUGCCUGCCCUAAUAUUAAGCUACUUGAACUUGCCAAUAAAACUCAGACAAUGUUUUGCUUAUUGUGCAAUAUUUCCCAAAGAUGAAAGAAUUGAAAAACAAUAUUUAAUUGAACUUUGGAUGGCUAAUGGAUUCAUUUCAUCUAAUGGAAUGUUAAAUGCUCAAGACGUUGGUGAUGAUGUGUGGCAUGAAUUACACUGGAGAUCACUUUUUCAAGAUCUUGAGAUAGAUGAAUUGGGCAAAGUUACAAGUUUCAAGUUACAUGACCUUGUUCAUGAUCUUGCACAAUCUGUUGCUGAAGAGAUUUGUUGCAUUACAAGGGAUACUGAUGUUACUACUUUGUCUAAAAGAAUCUACCAUCUGUCAGACAGUACGUGGGGGAGCCACCAGUUGCCUAAAGUCAAAUCAUUGAGAACCUGUAUAAUGUUGAAUUAUUUGAAAGAAAGAUUUCAUUCUAGUGUGCUGAAAUUUUAUUCUUUACGCGUGCUUGACUUUGUAAAUAGAAACAAAUUGUCAUCUUCAAUUGGUAAUUUAAAACAUCUAAGGUACUUGAAUCUUUCCUAUGGAAAGUUCAAAACUCUACCAGAAUCGUUAUGUGAAUUGUGGAAUUUGCAAAUAUUGAAAUUAGACCGUUGUAAUGAUCUCCAAAAGUUUCCUAACAGUUUGAUAUGGUUAAAAGCACUACAUCAACUAUCUUUGAGCGGUUGCUACUCACUAUCAAGCUUGCCUCCUCAUAUAGGGAAGAUGAGUUCCCUAAGAAGUUUAACCAUGUACAUUGUUGGCAAGGAAAGUGGGUUCCUUUUGGAAGAAUUGGAAGCACUUAAUCUGAAAGGAGAGCUUUUCAUCAAGAAUAUGGAGAAAGUAAAAAGUGUAAUGGAUGCCAAAAAAGUCAACAUGUCAAACAAGAAACUAAACUUGUUGAGGUUUAAAUGGGCGAGAAAUGAAGAGUUUGAAUUGCAAAAUAAUGUUGAGCAGAUUCUUGAAGUGCUUCAGCCUGAUACCCAACAACUUCAGCGUUUGAUAGUGACAAAUUAUAAAGGUGUCCAUUUCCCCCAAUGGAUGUCUAGUCCUUCCCUCAAAUAUUUAAAUUCUUUAGAGUUGGAUGGUUGCAGAAGUUCUUUACACCUUCCAGUGUUGGGAAAACUACCUUCUCUAAGGGAUUUAACCGUAAGUGACAUGACUCAAGUAGAAUACCUAUACGAGGAGUCUUAUGAUGAUGGAGUGGUUUUCUUGGCUCUAGAAUAUCUGUCCUUAAGUAGCCUGCCAAACCUAGUAAGGUUAUCAAGGGAGUACGGGGAAAACAUGUUCCCUCACCUUUCCAAACUUUAUAUAUCUGAAUGUCCUAAAUUAUGGGGUUUGCCUAGUCUUCCAUCUAUCAAUGCUCUAUGGAUACAAGGAAAAUGCUUUCAAGACUUACAGAGUUCAAUUCAGAAACUCAGUAAUCUUAAAUUCCUGGAAUUCAGUCGUAAUGAUGAGUUAACAUGCUUUCCAGAUGGGAUGCUACAAAACCUUGCUUCUCUAGAGACACUAGAGAUUAGAAAUCUCUCAAAUCUUGAAGUACUCCCAACUGAAAUCUUUAACCAUAAUGUUAUCGAAAGUCUGUAUCUCCGUGAUUGCGAGAACCUCCAGGUUUUGAUACAAGGGUUGCACUCUCUUGAGAAAUUAGAAAUUCGCAGUUGUCGCAAGUUCAGUGUGUCGGCAGGUUUACAACACCUAACAUGUCUUCAAUAUUUGUCGAUUGGCACAUGCGAUGUGGAAGGGUUGCAUUAUGCUUUACAACAUAUGACUUCCCUCAAGAAGUUAUCAUUAAGAAAUCUUCCAAACUUGGAAUCCUUGCCUGAUUGCUUUGGAAACCUUCCCUUGCUUCAACGAUUGCAGAUUGACGAGUGUUCCAAGUUGAGGUGUCUUCCAACGAGCCUAAGCCUUAGCAAACUUGAGCGUUUGUACAUCUGCAAUUGCCCUAUGUUAAAGAAGCGAUGUGAGAAGGAGACAGGAGAGGACUGGUCAAAAAUAGCACACAUUCACGAUGUUGUAGUGUGGUGAAUAAUAUAUUAAGAUUGUCGUGCAGGACUCUUGCCACUCUGAGAUCCAAAAUUUGAAGCUAGCCUUCCUGUAAGCUGUAUUUGAAGACGUCAAUGCUUCUUGCUUUCAUUUAUGGCACAACAAAGUUUAGUUUAUUAUAAUAAGAUUUGACAAAACAUGUAGAUGUAGCAAUGUACAAUUAUUUAAAUUGUUUGCUCCUUUGUGUUUUCACCGCUUUAAUGUCUUUUUAGCAACGUAUUAAAAUGUGCAUUUGUAUUCUUUGAUGUCUCCUUAAUCCUUAUGAACUUAAAAGGUUAAGGUCUUGUGUUUACUUAAUUUAAACUGUCCACUUCACUGGGACUGCUUGUUGUGCUUCUUGAUGAAAAUAAAUUUUCUCAAUUUCUCUUCUA